AUGAUACGUGGUUCACGAGAAAUAGAAGAUGCCUUGCUAAAACACUUAGGAGUGAAGCGCAAUGAAGUGAUAAAGGAUGGUUUGUUUUGUGUCGGUGAAGUGGAAUGCGUGGGAUGUUGUGUAAAUGCUCCUAUGAUCACAGUGGCAGACUAUUCAACUGGACCUGAAGGAUAUAUCUACAACUACUAUGAAGACCUCACUCCAAAACGUGUGGUGGAGAUUGAAGAGGCUGCUAAUCACGGGGUUGUGGUUUUAAGACAGGCCUUUGCUAAGAGAGUUGGAGCUGUGAAAAGCAAGGGAAAGAAAAAGGAAUUGUCGCCACAAGAUGCGACAAAUAUGAUCCAAAUGAGUUUCCAAGCUUAUCUGAUACGUAGAUCCCAGGGCUCUUCGUGCCCUUCUAGAGCUGGCAGUUGCCAAGGCCAAGUCGAAGGAGAUCAGAGUAUUGUUUAA